AAUGAAAGUGCAAUGAGGCUGAACCUGUGGAAACCGCGAUGAACAGCUGAUCCUCCCGCUGUGGAUAAAACCUCCGAUGGUCUGCGACAGGUCAUGACGUCCGCUCCCACGCAGGGCACUAUGUGAAUAGGUGUCGGACAAACAGAGAAAGGAAGUUAUCACAACAAGAAAAGAGUGACUGUAUAUUUUCGAGACCUCAAAAUUAAUAGGAAGGUGUUUGAUUUUGCCCGGGUUUGGACAUACUUGUGCGCUGCUCGGUGCGCCACCGACUCUCCAUCAUGUUAUUGCCCAGCGCUGUUGUCUUGACUUUUUCUUGCUUUUUGGCCCCACCGUUCCUCUCUUACCUGCCUCAAGUCUCUGCACAGAAGCCUGGAUCUCGGUGGCUGAUUGGAGAGAGAGACAGUCACUGUGGGACUAUCUGCUCACGGACACUCGGCAAGCAGGUGUGCGGCUCGGAUGGGCGGACCUACGAGACAAACUGUGAGCUACAGAGGGCCCGCUGCAAAGAUAAAACACUGACAAUGGCUCACCGGGGAAGGUGUCGAGUGAAGUUUCUGCUGCCGGUGGCUGCAGCACCAACUUCCUCAUCUGAUGGGAGAGUCCCAGACUCUAAAGAUGCAGGUCAGUCAAAGUGCCAUGUUGAGAGGAACCAGGCUUUGGAACAGGCCAGAAGGCCUCAGGAGUCCAUGUUUGUCCCAGAAUGCAAUGAGGAUGGUACCUUUGCCCAGGUCCAGUGCCACACUCUGACUGGUUACUGCUGGUGUGUCACCACCGACGGCAAGCCAGUGAGUGGUUCGUCUGUGCACAACAGGAGGCCUGUGUGUUCAGGAAACUUCAGUGAAAAUAUGGGAACUCAUGCUGGAAGGAACGGAUUCUCCGUUAGGUCAGUAACCGAUAAACCACCUGGGCCUCCAAACACAGGUAGAAAAGUCUCCUUCCGUUUCUUUCUCACUCUAAACCCAGAUGAUGGCUCCAAGCCCACCCCCACCAUGGAGACCCACAUCCCCCCUGAGGGUGAGGAGAUAACUGCUCCAACACUAUGGAUAAAACAUCUGGUGUACAAGGAGAAUAAGCAAAAUAGCUCCACUUCCAGAAGGCAAGAAAAGGUUCCCUCUUGUGACCAGGAGAGACAGAACGCCCUGAAUGAGGCUCAGCAGAGUUCUCGAGAGUCCAUUAUCAUUCCAGACUGCGGGUCUGGAGGUCUUUACAAACCUGUCCAGUGCCACCAGUAUACUGGUUAUUGCUGGUGUGUUUUAGUGGAUACAGGACGGCCCAUCCCUGGAACGUCAACCUUGUACAAGAUGCCGGAGUGUGAUGAAGGUGCACGGUCUCAUGCUGCAGACACAGAGGACCCAUUCGAUGACAGACCCCUGCAAGGCUGCCCGGAGGGGAAGAAGGGGGAAUUCAUUACAAGCUUGUUGGAUGCUCUCACAACCGACAUGGUGCAAGCCAUAAACUCACCAGCCCCCUCUGGUGGGGGGAGGUUUGUUGAACCUGAUCCCAGUCACACGCUGGAGGAAAGGGUGGUGCAUUGGUACUUUGCCCAGCUGGACAACAAUGGCAGCAAUGACAUCAACAAGAAGGAACUCAAACCUUUCAAGCGGUACCUGAAGAAGAAAGCUAAACCUAAGAAAUGUGCCCGCAAGUUCACCGACUACUGUGAUCUGAAUAAGGAUAAGGCUAUUUCGCUGCUGGAGCUGAAAGGCUGCCUCGGUGUCAGCAAAGACGGGAGCUCAUCGACAAGUGGCAGCCAAGGAACAAGGCAAGGAACAAAACUGUUAAUCGGUCGUCUGGUGUGAAGAGACAAGGAACGAGAAGCUGAAACGGGAGCAGAGGAGACAAAGGCGAAGCACCUGUACGCUUCCUGACGGGAAAUAAAGACGGAGCUGAAAAAUAAAGGAGUUUCUGAAUUGAAAAAAAAAAUAUAUAGAAGAAAGAGAGAAAAAAAAAGAAAAGCAACAAAGCGGCAACAAAAUAUUUGCACUUUUUCUUCCCUAUGUCUGACAUAUUACUUACUUUUACAUGUUUUUUUUUUUUUAUCUUGAAGUGACUGAGAAUUCACUAAGAAUGAGAAUAUAUUUGUAAAGAGAUGACAGGCUCACUACUGGAAGAGCUUGUAUGUGUGUAUUACCAUUUCCCUCCUGGAUGUUUAGUCUGCUAUUUUGAUCCACAGCAUGGUCCAAUCCCAGACCUGUCCAAUUACAACUGCACCCCCCCCCGUCAGGCAUGCUGCCACAGCAGACCGAUCAGUUCAGUCCAAGCAUUGCCUGACAAAGAUGUUGAACAAUCAAAAAAAUUAAAUCAGCGUGAACAUGCAAUUGUAGCUAAACAGCACACAUGCCUGAGGAUUCAGAUUUUUCACCAUAAAAUGAACUCUGUGAAUUCCCUGGCAUUGCAUGGAUCGAUUUAGAUGUAUUGUUUUUUUUUGGCCCCCAAAAAACAGAUGUUUGUGUCGUAAAUAUGUUAUGCAAAGCAAAACUAGCUGCAAGUACAUAGUUGCGUCAGCCAAAACCAGUGCAAGACUGCUAUGCUAUCUGCACAAAAUGCUUCCCACAGUCUGUAUUAGCGAAAAAUGGCAGGCAUAGAAAAGGCAAGAAAGGACAAGGAAUGAGUUUGAAAAAGCACUGGAGUACUUCAGACACAAUAGCUGUGGUAGUGUAACGUAUCUUUCCUUUAGAACCCGGCAGGUGAUUGUGCAAUGUUAAAGCUGGGUUGGGUAGUCUGAGCAAAAAGACGGACUCAGGUUCUGGAAAACCGUCAGUUCUAAAAAGAUUGUUCUCUUGGUUCCUCCUUAAUGUCAUCCACUUGUGUUGCAUUUCCCCUUUAAGCUCCACUAACAGUAUACUUGCACAUCCUUAACUUUAAACAGGCAUCAAAUUUGGAUGUUUGUGCCCUAAAGGUUUUUGCAGAUGAGCCUGGUAUGAAAAAUGUGAAACUCCAACCUUAUAAAGGGGCACAUAUCAUUUUGAAGAGAUCAUUUUAAUUGAUGGACUGCAAACCAUUUAUUACACAGCAAAGAUAGCUGUUAUAUUUCACCUAAUUCCAUUGCCAUUUACUCUGCCUUGCAAAAUUAGGCAUGUCCCUUUAGGUUUUUUAGAAUUCGUCACUUUAAAACUUCAGUAUAUUUUGUUGAGAUCUAACCUUCAUGGCCUACAUUAAGCAAUGCAUAAUGGUAGUAAGGGAUGAGGAAAACAAUACAUUGUUUUCAAUUGAUUAGAAAUAAAAAAUCAUAAAGUCUGUGCAUUUGUAUUCAGCCCCCUGAAUACUUUGUUGAAAAGCCUUUCAUUGCAAUAACAGCUGCAAGUCCAUUUCAAGUACUUUCUACCAGUUUCACCCUUCGAGCGACAGUCAUUUUUGUCUGUUCUUUCCAAAACAGCUCAAGCUCAGUCAGAUUGGACAGAGAGCAUCUGUGAACAUAAAUUUUCAAGCCUUGCCUCAGAUUCUAAGACAGAUUUUUUUUUCCCCUGGACUUUGACUGGGCCAUUCUAACACAUGAAUAGGCUUUGAUCUAAAAGCACUCUAUUGUUGCUCCUGCUGUAUGUUUUGUGUCAUCCUGCUGGAAGGUGAAUCUACAGCCUAGCCACAGUCUGUCGGAGCCCCUAACAGGUUUGCUUUCACGACUGGCAGAGCAUCCCCACAGCAUGAUGUUGCCACCACCAUGUUUUAAUGCAGGAUUGGUGUAUUCAGGAUUAUGGGAAGUUUUGUUUUUUCUGCCACAUAUAGUUUCUUCUUGGUAUGUUUUUUUUAUAACCUAAUCCUGCUUUAAACAUCGUCACAGCUUUGUUUCUGAGCUGUCUGCUGUGUUUGUCUUCAUGAGGCUGUUCCUUUGUUAGUGUCCUCUAAUGAACCUCUGAGGCCCUCAAAGAACAGCUGGACUUAUACAUUGUGUACAGAAGGAUUUAUUUAGUAAUUAGGUGGCUUCUAAAGGUAUUCUGGUAUACUGCAUUUCUGUUUAGGUGCAUCAAAGUAAAAGGGGUCUGAAUACAAAUGCACACCACACUUACACAGAUAUUUAUUUGUAAAAGUUUCAGAAUCGUGAAUCCUUUUUUCUUCCACUUGACAACAAUGCUGUACUUUGUGUUGGUUUAUCAUCAUAAAUGUCAUUGACAUUUAUGGUUGUAGAGUGACAAAAGUUGAAUAACUUCAAGUAGAGCUAGCUGGAUGAUAUACAAAAAAAAAACAUAUUGAUAAAAUAUAAAUCAUAGACAUUGAUAAUUAUCAAAAAAUUCUACACAGAUACUUUAAGUACAGCCCCGGCCAUUUUAUGCUAUUGCCUAAUUACCUAUUUUAAAUAAAGAACAGAUAAACACUGAAUUCAAACUCAACCCUUUAUUCAAUCAACUUUUUACUAGUUUUU